UCUCCUCCCUUUCGCCAAGCCCUGUGCGUAAUGGAAGAGAAGAAGAUGAACUCUUUAGCAAAAUGGGCGCUUAUCCUCUUUGUACUCGCCUCCAUCAUUCUAAACAUCGUCCUGAUCGGCAUCCACUCCAGUAGGGUGCCCAAAUGCUCCGCUCAGCGCGUGCACACCCUGCUCCGCAAACACGACGAGCGCAGCGCGGUGUUCGCGGACCUCUCCCGGGAGGAGUACCUGCAGGUCCAGCAGUUCAUGCUCAAGCAGAAAAACUUGGACAUAUCCACCAACCAGAUCAGUAAGCCGUCGGAUAACUUCCUGUUUCUAAUAGAUCUGUCUGUGCCAAAGAAAGCGGACGUGCUUGCUUAUUUGGACCGGAAUGGCGCAAAGCCGAAAAGAGAGGCCACAGUGGUGGUGUUCCAUGGCGCCAAAGGACACAUCAAGGAGUACGUAGUGGGCCCACUUCCCAAACUAACAUACUGCUAUGAUGUCACCAUGGAGAGGUACCACGCAGAGCUGCCCAUCAGUGCGCGCACGGUCACCAUCGGGGAAUAUAAUCUGCUUUUCCAGUUUUUGGGAAAUGUCUUCUCAAAGCUGAAGAAGAUCAUGAAGGAGAGCUUCGAUACGGGUCCCGACAAGCAACUGAACGCGUUCGAGCAGAUGCCCCGUGGAGUCCGGACCGGGGACAGGAAGACCUGGAUCUCUUUCUUCAGGGACAUGAGCGGCAUGUACAUCCACCCUGUGGGCUUCGAGGUGCUGGUGGACCACCAGAGCGUCAACGCAUCCGAGUGGAAGGUGGAGAUGCUGCUCUAUAACGGACAAUAUUUCGACUCCAUAGACGAACUGAAGGAGAAGUACGAUAAGGGACAGGUAAAGAAGAUCGUCUACAAAGAGUCCCCUGAUUAUGGCUCUCUGAAACCCAGGAAUAAGCCUCCGCAGAUCGGCCCGCAGCUCUUUAACGCAGAGGGGAAGCGCUACAGUGUCAGCAACAACCACGUCGUUUACAUGAACUGGAGCUUCGCCUUCGGGCUCAGCGCGCUCACGGGCAUGAGGGUGUUCGACGUGCGCUUCAACGAGGAGAGGAUCGUGUACGAGCUGAGCGUGCAGGAGGCUAUGUCCGUGUACGGGUCGGUCACUCCCGGGAUGAUGCUGACAAAGUUUUUGGACUCCAGCAUUGGGAUUGGCCGUUUUGCGCACGAACUGGUCCGCGGGGUGGAUUGUCCUUACGAGGCGAGCUACGUGGACACAUACCGCUACAUCGAUACCCCCAAACCGGUCCGCUUCAGGAACUCAAUCUGCAUAUUCGAACACAACAUGGGGCAACCCCUGAGGAGGCACUUUUCCGACUUCUUCCUCAACAGCUACGGGGGGAUGGUCAACAGCGCGCUGGUGUUCAGGACUAUAACAGCCAUAGGGAACUAUGACUACAUGUGGGACUUCAUCUUCUAUCAGAGCGGGUCUGUGGAGGCCAAGGUGCACGCGACCGGAUACAUCUCCUCUUCAUACCUGGUAGACGGGGCCCUGAGGUACGGACACCAGGUGGCGGAUAAGGUGCUGGGGAACAUCCACACACACUUCAUCAACUUCAAGGUGGAUCUGGAUGUGUUGGGAGUAAAGAAUUUUUUUCAGACGAAAGACAUGGAAUAUGUCAAUGUUUCGCUGCCAUGGAUGCCUGACCACUACGCUAUGGUACCUCAGCUGGUGGAGAAGCAACUGAAAACAGAAAAGGAGGCAGCUUUGCGAUACGACGCCAAGACCCCUCGCUACCUCCACAUCGCCAGCAACAAGACCAACCGCUGGGGCCAACAGCGCUCCUACAGGCUGCAGGUGUUCAGCUUCACAGGGGACCAUCUCCCUGAGAGCCAGGCCGAGGAGAGGGCCAUGUCCUGGGCCAGGUAUAAAGUGGCCAUCACCAAGCAUAAGGAUUUAGAGCAGACCAGCAGCAGCCUGUACAGUCAAAACAACAUGUGGUCCCCAGCUUUGGACUUCAGCAAGUACAUUGCAGACAACGAAAGCAUCGAAGACGAGGAUCUGGUUGCCUGGGUGACCACUGGCUUCCUUCACAUCCCCCACUCUGAGGACAUUCCCAACACAGUAACCGUAGGCAACGGGGGCGGGGUCCUGUUGCGGCCCCACAACUAUUUUGACAUGGACCCGUCCAUCGACUCUCCUGAUGGAGUCUACUUCGCCCCGGGCAGCGAGGACAGCUGUGACAGCAACAGGAUGGCCUGCCUUGCUCAAGAGACCUGCAGCCCCGCCCUGGAACCCUUCACCUACGAUGGCUUUUCAGGAGUCAUUAAGUUUGAGGAUUGGAACUAAUAUGUUUUUAGCCCUGAUGAACUGUUUUUGUUGACUUAUCAAGAAGCUUGCGUCCAUGUUCAUAGAGGCGGGGGGGCAUCACAUUAUGUGUGCUACAUAUGGGUCAGGGGUCAGGGUAGCCAGGAGCUCACCACGCAAGAUUUGAUUAAAGAAAUAUUUGACAUCUGAAAACAAUUCCUCUGUUGUGGAGAGUGUCACGAGUAGAUCUAUACCACUCUCAUAUUUCUGCCUAAGUACAAAUUCAUGAUUUUAGGGGGAGUUUCAUGCUGCAUUUCUUUUUGGACAACAUCAAGGGGUAGUAGCUUUGCAGCUUCACAGAGUUUGUUUUCACACUAAGGAUGCCAAUUUUAGCAUCAGUUUGUCUGUAGUGAGACUACAACCACAACUCUGCUGACAGAUAAACUAAAUUCAAUGUAUGACCAUAAAACCAUUAUUUAAAUGAUGCCAUUUAUGUUUGUGUAUCUAACAAAAGGUGCAACAUCACGUUAGUGAGCUUUCUACGUGCUGAUAAGUGUAUAUUUAGAUUUUUAGAAAGAGCCAGAAAGGCUAGCUGUUUCUCCUUUCUAUGCUAUGAACACACAGAGAUCAUUAAACUCAAUAUUCUCCUUUCACUUUUGAUAAAAAGGAGGAUCAGGGUUUUCCCCAAAGUGAUGAAUUCCAAGAAAAAGUCUGAAUUGUGAAAUUAAAUCAGAAAUCUACAUUUAAAAAAAACUUUUGGUCACACACUACAUUAUUUUUUUCAUGUGGCCCUAAUCUUCGUCCGUAGACAUCCAUGCCCGCAGAAAAUGAAAUGUGUAACUUUGUCGAUCACCUGACUUUUUGUCAUACGUUUCCAACCAAAUAUCUGCACUAGUAAUCACAUUUGUGUCGCUGCAUGUUGUGUUUGCUGCAAGUUAACAAUUGUUAGCAUAUUCAUUUGUUUAAAUGCAACAGAUAACAUAGUAAACAUUAGCCCUGCUUCGUUGAUAUCAUGUUAGCAUUGUGAGCAAUAAAGCUUGCUAGCUAGCAUUUAGCUAAAAGAACCACAGUGAAGCCUCACUAUAAAGUUGUGAAACUAAUACUAACGAGUUAGUAAACUUUGUGGGCUAAAGUGGGACAUUUCCUUACUUACUAACAAGCCUAUUUUUUAAAUCUACGUCCUUAAUGUGAGCAAGCAAAUAGGCUAUGUGUUAUUUUUACUAAUGUCUACUCACCUUGUUUCUAUGCAAUCAAUCCAUUUUAAACAUGUGGUCAAAAUGUUUGCCAAUUACAGUCAGACAGCGACGCGAUGCUUUAUCUUUCUGCAUUUCCUACUUAUACUGUGAUAUAAACUGUGAUCUAAACACAGUAAAUUGACACUGUACAGCCAGCUGUGUGUAAAAAUGUUCACUGAGCAAUAUGAGCAUCCGGUCUGGGUCACGACUGGACCCCACUCUGAUGUGACUCAGGGCUGGGACCACCAAACAGCUGGCUGAUUUAUUUUGUAUAUUUUUUCUACAGUGCAACUUUCUGAGGAAUGUUUUUGUUGUUUUUCCUCUCAAAAUAAAAGAUUAUUUGUAGAAGA